AUGCCAAGCGCAAAGAAGACGAUCAAGAGCACGGCGUUCACGAAGCAAGAGCUCAUUGAUGUGCUACGCAGUGCCAAGAGCAGCAAGGAACAGAACCGUGCUGUCAAGUUGCUGAAACAGUUCGAUCCCAUUCCCCACUAUGAGUUCGAUGACGAGGGCUUCAAGUCCGUUAUGAAGCCAAAGAAGUACGACUACCUGUUGGGUUAUGUCUGUGAUCGAUGCGGCAAGGUGAAGCAGACAAACUACCAAGUGCUUUGGAAGACGUCCAUGGGAGUCCGGAAGAUAUGCUACCCUUGCUAUCAGCAGCUGGCAGAGAGGGAGGAAGUGGCUGUGAUGCGGGCAGCAAACCAAAAAGCCGGGAUCAUUCCAAAGGGCUUCGGCCUGGGCCUCACAG